GAAGAAGACUAUAAUGGACCCCCGUUACUAUGCCCAAGACACCAUCCUCUGUGACCUGUGUCAAAGAGAUGCAUUACAGAAUCAUUGUGAAUUUUGUCAUGUAAACCUCUGUAUAGUCUGUGUUGGAAAACAUCUCUCUGAUUCAUCUAAAAGACACAAAGUUGUACCAUAUAAACACAGAAAAUCUACUCCUAACGUGAACUAUCCAAAAUGUCAAAACCAUACACAGAAACAUUGUGAACUUUACUGUGAGAAAUGUGACGUUCCUGUCUGCUCUACCUGUAUCUCGUCUGGUAAACAUAAAGGACAUACAAUUACCGAUAUUCUACAGAAAACUAAAGAUUUAAAAAAUGACUUACAAGAAUUAGAGCAAAGAAUCUAUCCUACAUACGAAGAAAUUUCAUUAGAUCUAAACUCUGAAAAACUAGACUUUGAAAAACAUUAUGGGAAACUGACAACAGCUGUCACCAAACAAGGAGAGGACUGGCACCGGAAAAUUGAUGUCAUUGUUAACAAAAAGAAAUCUGAAAUAGAUGAGAUGAAAACUAAACACCUGGCUAUUCUAGAUAAACAGGAAAAUGAAAUCAAACAAAUUAUUUCUGAUGUAAACCAGAGCAUUCUUGAUCUGAAGAAAAUACUGGACUCUAUUGAUAUCACCCUAACCGUUGCGUACAAAUCCAGGAAUUCUGAAUUCAGAAGUUUACCCCCUAAAAUCAACGUUUCAUUACCAAGUUUCUCUCCUCAUCAGAUCACCACGGCACAGCUCCAUCAAAUGUUCGGUUCACUUUCAGCAUUAUCCAUUACAACAGAAGAACAUGGCUACACAAUGAAGACUCCAGAAGCUUUAUCCUGUUUUCCAGUCAAACCACUGCUUGAUGAACCAAAGCUCAUCACCACCAUAGACACUGGGUAUAAAUAUCUACACAGUGUUACCUGUCUCAUUGAUGAAGAAAUCUGGACAUGUGGAUUAGACAACAUCAUGAAACUCUACAACCUUCAGGAUGAACUACUGAAGUCAAUUCAAACCAAGUCAAGAAGAAUACCACGUGACAUAGCAGUGACAAGGAGUGGAGGCCUAGUUUAUACUGACCCUGAUACAAGAACUGUAAACAUAAUGAAGAGUGACCAGAUUCAGGAAUUGAUCAGACUACAGGGGUGGAGACCUCUCUAUGUCUGUAGUACCUCCUCUGAUGAUCUCCUGGUUACCAUGCUUAGUGAAGAUGGAAAACAAUCAAAAGUUGUCCGUUACUCUGGUUCCAAAGAAAAACAAACCAUUCAGUUUGAUAGUGAAGGUAAACCUCUGUUUUCAUCUGGUUACUAUAAAUACAUCCAUGAGAAUAGGAACCGGGAUAUCUGUGUGGCUGACUGUGUGGCAGGUACAUUAGUGGUGGUGAAUAAAGCAGGAAAUCUUCGAUUUAGAUACACCGGCCAUCCACCUACUAUCGAGAGAUCAUUCUGUCCACUCGGCAUCACAACAGACAGCCAGAGUCAGAUCCUGACAGCAGACUGUAUCAACCACUUUAUCCAUAUAAUAGAUCAGGACGGACAAUGCCUCCGUUACAUUGAUAACUGUGGUCUACAGCAUCCAUGGGGUAUAUGUGUAGACACCAGAGACAACCUCUUUGUGUUUCGGGGCUAUAUAAAGGAAACAGUAAUGGACCCCCGAUACAGUGCCCAAGACAUCCUCCUCUGUGACCUGUGUCAAACAGCUGCAUUACAGAGUCACUGUGAACUUUGUCAUGUAAAUCUCUGUAUAGUCUGUGUUGGAAAACAUCUCUCUGAUUCAUCCAAAAGACACAAUGUUGUACCAUACAAACACAGAACUUCUCCUGGCUACCCAAAAUGUCCAAACCACACCCAGAAACAUUGUGAACUAUACUGUGAGAAAUGUGACAUUCCUGUCUGUUCUACCUGCAUCUCCUCUGGUAAACAUAAAGGACAUGAUUUAUCUGAUGCUGUACUAAAACUAAAUUUUACACAAAAAAAAUUAGAAAAAGAUUUGGAAGAACUCCAAGAAAGAAUUUAUCCUACAUAUGAAAAAAUUACUUUAGAUAUAAACUCUGAAAAAGAAAAUUUGGUAAAACAUUAUGAGAAACUGACAACAGCUGUCACCAAACAAGGCGAAGACUGGCACAGAGAAAUUAACAUCAUAGUAAACAAACAGAAAUAUGAAAUUGAUGAGAUGAAAAGUAAACACCUGGCUGCUCUAAAUAAACAGGAAAAAGAAAUCAAACAUAUUACUUCUGAAGUAAACCAGUGCAUACUUGAUAUGAAAAAAAUACUGGACUCCAAUGAUGUCUCCCUAACCUGUGCAUACAAACCCAGGAAUGCUGAAUUCAGAAUUUUACCUUCUAAAGUUCAUGCAUCAUUACCAAGUUUUUCUCCUCAUCAUAUCAACACAGAACAGCUGAACCAAAUAUUUGGUUCUCUGUCAGCAUUAUCACUUACAACUGAAGAACAUGGCUACAAAAUGAAGACAUCAGAAGAUAUACCCUCCUCUCAAGUGAAACCACUGCUUGAUGAACCGGAGCUCAUCAUCACCAUAGACACUGGGUAUAAAUAUAUAUCCAGUGUUUGCUGUCUUAGUGAUAAAGAAAUCUGGACACGUGGAGAUGACUAUAUCAUGAAACUCUACAACCUCCAGGGCAAACUGUUGAGGUCAAUCAAAACCAAGUCAAGGAACAUGCCACGUGACAUAGCAGUGACAUUGAGUGGAGAUCUAGUUUAUACUGACCCUAGUACAAGAACUGUAAACAUAGUGAAGAAUGACCAGAUACAGGAAGUGAUCAGACUACAGGGGUGGAGACCUUGCUACAUCUGUUGUACCUCCUCUGGUGACCUCCUCGUUACCAUGCUCAGUGAUGAUGAUAAACAAACAAAAGUUGUCCGCUACUCUGGCUACACAGAAAAACAAACAGUGCAGUUUGAUAGUGAAGGUACACCUCUGUAUUCAUCUAAUAUUUUUAAAUACAUCAGUGAAAACAGGAACCUUGAUAUAUGUGUUGCAGAUAAAGGAAACCAUGCAGUAGUUGUUGUUAAUCAAGCAGGGAAACUCAGAUUUAGAUAUACUGGUCAUGUCUCUACUAAUAGGGUUUCAUUUUACCCACGCGGCAUCACAACAGACAGCCAGGGUCAGAUCCUGACAUCAGACUUUAGUUGCAAUUGUAUCCACAUCCUAGAUCAGGAUGGUCAGUUCCUUCGUUACAUUGAUAACUGUGAUCUACAGGGUUCAUGGGGUUUAUGUGUAGACACUAGAGAUAACCUCUUUGUGGCUGAGUGGGAUGGUGGUAAAGUGAUGAAAAUCAAAUUUGAAUAGUUCAUUGACAUUAGAAGUUUUAGUAACUGAGAUACAAAAUGG